AUGACAGUCUGAGCAGAGGAGGAGGAGGGAGAGGUCCGAUUAGCGACCAACAAGUCUGGACUCCGAAACUCUAUUACAGACAUAUAGCGCGGUUUACGAAGUGGUUGGAAUAAAAUAAUAUUUUACUACGAAUCCCCAGUUGGACUUAGCAGCUGAGAGGAGUACGUGGACGGCUCAGGGACGGAGGCGAUGGUGUCAUGGCUGCCUUGUUCGCCAAGUUACCCUCCUAGAUCUACCGACUAUAUAACCAAUAUAUAACCUACACGUCUGUGGAAACUGCUCAAACUCGGCCCUCCGCGUGCAGGAGGGAUGACGACCUCCCAUCUGAACGGCCACGUCGCUGGGGAGGGAGGCGGAGGAGGAGAUGAAGAGCUGAGGGGAGGACAGCAGCACCGAGAAAUGGCCGUUGACUGUCCAGGAGAGCUGGGGAGUCGAACGCUGCCGGUCCGACGAUCCGCACAACUGGAGAGAAUACGACAGCACCAGGAGGACCUUCGGCGUCGUAGAGAGGAGGAGGGUCGGCAGCUGGAUCUGAACGCCUCACUCAGACUCAGAAAGCUCUCCCAGAAUCCCCACAUCGGGAUCGACAACCCUACAUUCCUGCAAGACACAUACAUACCGCAGCAGCCAGCGCCUGGCAGCCAACACGCACACGCACUGCUGGAAUUGGAGGAGCUGCUGCUGUCGCUGAAGCAGGUCCGGGGCUGCCUGUCUGACCAGCAGAGUCAGAAUGACAUAGAACUGGUCCUUGCACUACUAAACAAGUCUGACUUCCAGUCAGCGCUGAAGAUCCAUAAUGCCGUGGCCACCAGCAUGCACCGACCCUCACCUCCAUACCCCCACACACAGCAGGCUCUUCCGCUGGCCAUGGAGGUCAGGAAUCUCAUGCAGUCAAGUCAAAAUAAAGAAGGGAUGGAACUCUACAGCCUGCUGUCAGACACACACGUCCAGUCGUUGCUCCUGGCCCAUGACAGUGUAGCAGAGAGUGAAAUGCAGCCUGAGCCACUGCCUGCCCAAGGAGAAACCCUGACCCAGUGGGGUGGAGAGACGGUCAAGAUAGUUCGUAUCGAGAAGGCCCAAGACAUUCCACUGGGAGCGACUGUUCGUAAUGAGAUGGACAGUGUGGUGAUCAGUCGUAUUGUUCGUGGUGGAGCAGCUGAGCGCAGUGGACUUUUAUUUGAAGGAGAUGAAAUAUUGGAGAUUAACGGCAUCGAAAUCAGAGGAAAAGAUGUCAACCAAGUGUUUGAUAUUCUUGCAGACAUGCAUGGCCUCUUGACCUUUGUGUUGAUUCCCAGCACUCAGAGCAAACCUCCUCCUGUUAAAGAGACUGUGAUCCAUGUAAAGGCACACUUUGACUACGACCCCUCAGAUGACCCCUAUGUGCCGUGCAGAGAGCUGGGCUUAUCCUUCCAGAAAGGAGACAUUCUUCACAUUAUCAGUCAGUCCGACCCCAACUGGUGGCAGGCGUACAGGGACGGGGAUGAGGAUAACCAGCCGCUAGCUGGACUGGUACCAGGGAAGAGUUUCCAGCAGCAGAGAGAAGCCAUGAAACAAACCAUAGAAGAAGACAAGGAGCCUGAGAAAUCUGGGAAGCUGUGGUGUGCAAAGAAGAACAAGAGGAAGAGAAAGAAGCUGCUUUACAACGCUCACAGGAAUGAUGAUCCUGACAAUGAGGAAGUUCUCACCUACGAGGAGAUGGCUCUGUACCACCAGCCGGCCAAUAGGAAGCGGCCGAUCGCCCUGAUUGGUCCAACCAGUUGUGGACAGGCGGAGCUCAGACAGAGACUGCUCAACAACCAAUCAGAGCGGUUUGCUGGAGCCGUCCCUCACACCACACGGAGCCGGAGGGAGGGAGAGCAGAGUGGGAGAGAUUACCACUUCGUUUCCCGCCAGACGUUCGAGGCAGAACUGGCAGCAGGGAAGCUGAUCGAGUCUGGUGAAUUUGAGAAGAACCUGUAUGGGACCAGUACAGACUCAGUGAGACAAGUCAUAAACACUGGAAAAAUCUGUGUGCUCUGUCUGCACACACAGGCUCUGAAGGUGCUGAGGAGUUCAGACUUGAAGCCUUACAUCAUCUUCAUCGCUCCACCAUCCCAGGAACGACUUCGAGCCCUGCUGGCUAAAGACAACAAGAAUCCUAAGCCCGAGGAGCUGCGGGACAUCAUAGAGAAAGCCCGGGAGAUGGAGCAGAGCUGUGGACACCUGUUUGACGCCGUCAUCGUCAACACGGACCAGGACAAAGCCUUCAACGAUCUGCUGCGACUCAUCAACAAGCUGGACACGGAGCCUCAGUGGGUUCCCUGCUCCUGGCUGCGCUGAAAACACUCAUCUCUGAUUGGUAGAAACACGGCGUCAACAACCAGAGCCUGAAACACCACUGGGGCUUAGGAACAAACAUCAUGCCAGGAAAAAAACAAUCAGAGGUUUUGAGAAUUUGCAAUAACUGUAAGUUAAAAUGGUUUAAUAUGCGUCGUAAUAUUAAAACAUAAAACCAAAACUGGACAAGAAAACACACAAUAACAGUAGUGUUGUCAAUGUAUGAUGUAAAGUUUUAGCUUUCUAAUGAAAUAUCACAAUUAGCAAGAGAACAUGUUUUUAAAUAUAGUCAACAUUGAAAGAUAAUGGUUUAAUUUUACAAGAAAAAUUCACAUUACAAGAAUAAUGGUAGCUUUAUUUAGGAAAAUCAAACUGCUGGAUCCAUUUAUAACCUUCGAAUAAACCAUCAAGUGAGAUAAAGUUGGGAUUAGCAGGAAAACAAUAUUCUUAAAUAGAAAUGAUGUUUUAUUAAUCUGACAGGUUUGAAUUUUAAAUUCCUGAAAUCAUACAGAGAAUAUGUUUCGAUCACAUCUAGUUACUGCUUUCAUUUCAGUGAUCUGAUGUCUGUGGAGCAUUACGUUAUUAGAUGAUGAAGAAAACAGCAGCUUGGAGUGAAAAAACUGAGGAGGAAUCAAAAAAAUAUCUGAUGCUGCAGAAAGAAAAAGAAACAUGCUAAAAAAGACAGAUGUUGAGGACGUACAGAUGUUGUGUUUGGUGUAGUGACUGCCACUGCCACAGGGGGGAGACAAACGUUCUUUCUUCUAAUAUCUGGUCAUUUUACAGCUUAUUUCUUCUUUUUAUACAACAGCUUUAUCUCCUAAUAUUAGGACCACUUACAAAUCUGUGACUUCAAUCAGAAUGUCUUUUUUAAAUUUAUUUUCCAAUUUAUCAACAUCUUCAAAUUAGGAUAAAAUUACAAUUUUAUCUGAAAAUAUUUAACUUAAUACUAGAAAAUAAGCUUUUUUGUCAGAAUGAAAUGAAAUUAUUCAAACUUUCUCAUUUCUUUCUUGUAAAAUUCUGACAGCUUCUCAUAAAACUGUGACUUAAUCCUGAAAUACUUUAAAAUUUCAUCUUUAAAAUCAACUUUCUUUCUUGACUUUACGCUCAGAUUUGUUCCUGUGUAAGACUUUUUCCUGAUUAAUCAUUGACUUUAUUCAUGCAACAUUUUUAUCUUAUAAAAUGACAGUAAAGUUGUUUAGCAGUAAACUAUUUGGGUUUAUUAAAAAAAAAAAAAGACUUUUUUUCCUUUAACUCCAGCUUUAUUCUCGUCAUUGAGACAUUUUUCUCAAAAUCUCUGGUUCUAGUAUUUCCUAACGCUGAUCCUGAUACCUGUGGGGAGGAUUUUCAACCAAUCAGCUUCUUCCGUCUCAUGUUCACCUGGUGCCACUAAUUGUGAGAGGUAGAAGUACAUUUGUGUGUGUACCGCCGUGAAAAAGGAAAUCCUCACACUGAUGUUGAAGUUGCCUGACUGAUGGGUGAAGUUUUUAUUCAGCCGUCAGUCUGAAACACGGAGCAGGAAUCCAGAUGUCUGCUGUAGUUUGUAUCCUUUCGGCUUCAUCCUGUCGUCAUUUCAAGCAUCAUGAUUAAAAUCGACACGCAGAGAAUCAAUGUAAACAUUUGAUUUAGAGUUAAAUCCUCUCUUAUGUUUUAUUUUUAUUAAAGAGGCUUGAUGUUGGUUCCAGGUUAAACACGUGUCCAGUGUGAAAACCACACAUGUUGACAUUUAGUAGAAGUUUUAGCUCCACUGAGCAGAACAUGGCAGAAACCAGGACCAGUGGCUGACCUCCUGACGGGCAGCAGGCGCUCGUUUCUUUGUGUUCUGGUGGGGCACAUGAUGCUGAAUUCAUUAAAUAUUUAGUGUGUGUGUGUGUGUGUGUGUGUGUGUGUGUGUGUGUGUGUGCGUGUGCGUGUGCGUGUGCGUGUGCGUGUGCGUGUGCGUGUGCGUGUGCGUGUGCGUGUGCGUGCGUGCGUGCGUGUGCGUGCACCUGUCUGUAAAGGCAGUGAAGUAUUAUCAUGACCUGAAGUAGACCCUGUCACCACUGUGUAGAGCAUUUAUAUAUUUGUAAUAUUGAAAAUAGAUCUAUGAAGUCCAGAAGGCACCGGUAGGUUUGGAGGUUCCGACCCCCUCGCCUCCCCACCAUUGGUCCAGGAGGAUGAGGGGGCGGAGCCAAGUGAAAUUAACUGUAUUGAAUGUAAAGUUAAUUGAUGCCACUUCUUGUUUAUCAGACGUUGCUUCUUCCUGAGAAAAACAGCUUUUUGUAUGGAUAUUCACGAUGAAUAAAUAAAUAGAUGAUUGAUAGAA